GAUCAAAUAUGCUUAUAGUACAAACUAUACUAGUCUUCUCUCUCUUAUUUAUAAGAGGAACUUAUUCUGAAGUCGUUCCCUGUAAUCACAAUACUCCAGUAUGUAAAUGCACAGCUACAGAUCCUACUGAUGUAUGCGAGUUUAGACUUGAUAUUGAAAUGCUGCAGACCUUCACUCGAUAUGUAGUUGAUGCUACUGGAGACUCAAGGGGAACUGCUGGACGUGUUUGGAAUUAUAAUGAUGCAGGAAACCUACAACCACAAGGUAGUGAAGGUCCUUGUGGAGUUGAUAUACCUCUUGGAGAUAAUCGUUGCACAGAUCCAUUUACUGUUGAUGGGUACACAUUUCGUUCCUUUAUAGCAGUCAAUGGACGUAUACCAGGACCAACACUCAUUGUAACUGAGGGUCAGUUGGUUAAAGUGAAUGUAAUCAAUAGAUUAGCAUCAGAGAGUGUAUCUGUACACUGGCAUGGGAUGCAUCAAAGGAACAGUAACUGGAUGGAUGGAGUGGAGCAUGUUACACAGUGUGGUAUACCUCCAGGAGCUAGUUUCACUUAUAUCUUUAAAGCUGAACAAUACGGGACUCACUGGUACCACUCUCACAGUGGAGCUCAGAGAACUGAUGGACUUUUUGGAGCUCUCAUUGUUAAAGAGAAGGAUGACAAACUAAAAGAAAAGUUGUUGGAAGAAGUUAAAGAAUUAAUGGAUUUUAGAAUAACAUCCUAUGAAGACAGCCCUGAGCAGCACACUUUAAUCUUACUAGACUGGCAGAAGUCAAGCUCACUGGAUCUCUUCACACAAAUACACUCAACCAUAAGAUACUUUGACAUUGACCAGGCAUCAGAAGUGUCUGGAUCAGGAGCUGACAGAUUAUAUUCAUCAGAUGGUGCAGAGAUAGGGCCCGUGCCUUAUUGGUCUGGACUAAUAAAUGGAAGGGGAAGGCAUAAUAGUGUUGAUUACAUUAAAUCUAGUUUAAGUGAGUUUAAAGUUACAGCUGGAAAAACGUACCGAUUUCGUUUAAUUGGUGCUCAGAGUCUUUAUGCUUAUCGUUUCUCAAUAGAUGGUCAUAAAUUAAUCAUUAUAGCAACUGAUGGUCAGUAUAUUAAUCCAAAAGCAAAUAAUGUUGGCUCUGGUUCUGGAAUGAAGAAAGAUAUAGUAGUUGAUUAUAUUAUAAUUCAUUCUGGAGAAAGGUAUGAUUUUCUCCUACAAACAAAAAAUGAAAAUGAGAUGAACAAAGAAUUCAUGAUGCGGGCUGUAAUAUUAUCUAACACAAUGGAGGAAAGAGGCUCUGCAGAAGCUAUUCUUAACUAUAAUCAACAAUCAAUAGAAUCCAAUCAAUAUCAAGCAAUUGCUAUGAGAAGUCAGAUGUCAUAUAGAGAUAUAUGUACUUCUACUGAUAAGUGUGAAGCUCUUAAUUGUCCUUUUCAAAACUUUCCUGUAAGUUUCAACAUUGACUGCAUACAUAUUCAUGAUUUAGAAUCACUGACUGACUAUCCUGGAGAACUGCCUGAUGUUGCUACUUCUGAUAAUUCAAGGUUAUUCUUCAAUUUCGGUUUUGAAGGAACACGUCAGACCAGCACUAUUAAUGGACGUAACCUAAAACUACCAUCAGCAUCACUGGCACAGCUUGAGGCAAGUGAACUAACUGAUAUUAGAGAUAAUGAAUAUUGUAAAGACGAGAAAAAUGAGAAUGAUGAAAAGAAGUGUGACCGUGAUAAUACCAAUGAAGUCAUAUCCCAGGAUUGCUACUGCACUCAUGUCGUUGAUGCAGAGGCUGAUCGUCCCUAUGAAUUAGUAAUAUCAGCCGUUGGACCAAACCCAACACAGCGAACCAACUUUCUAUUCGCUCAUCCAGUACAUUUACAUGGACAUUACUUUCAUGUGGUCGAUAUUCAAUUUGGAACAACUGAUCUUGUCACAGGAAGACUUAUAGCUGGUAAUAGUGAUAUUGAUUGUGGAGGUGAUACACUAUGUGUUAGGCCUCGCUGGAAACCUGGUAAAGAUUACUCUACACGUACAGGAGUGACAGGCAGGGUCUCAUCUAAAGCCCCACUGAAGGAUACUCUGUUAAUACCAGCUGGUGGGUAUGCUGUUGUGUAUUUUAAAACUGAUAAUCCUGGUUGGUGGUUCCUACACUGUCAUAUUGAGGUACAUCAAUUGGAGGGAAUGGGAGUCAUCAUUAAUGAAGGAGGAUUUAAAACACCACCUCCUGGAGGAAUGUACAAAUGUGGAGACUUUCCACUGGCAACAGACCAGUUUAUUUCAGCAACUGCUGUUACUCCAUUACCAACAUCAGAACCAACAGGAACAAGUGCUACCAGUCCAAACACCAACAGUGGUGGUGGUGGCGGUGGUUGUUUUCCUCCAGAUGCAGUAGUGCGUACAAGAAACGGUCCAUUGCUCAUGAAAGACGUUGAGAUUGGAAUGGAACUUUUAGCUGUGAGUUCUAACCAUAAACUAGUCUAUAGUCCAGUUAUAUUGAUGUUGGAUGUUGAUGACAUUAAACUAGCAAAUUAUACUAUCAUAGAGUCAUCAGGUAAUCACAAGCUGACACUCACACCAAACCACCUUGUUCAUGCAAGCAAAACAAAUGACAUCUCAUCAUCUGUACCUAUAUUCGCUUCACAAGUGAAAAAAGGUGACAAGAUAUUUGUUGCUAAAUCUCCUGAUGUUAUCGAAGCAGUUGAAGUCUUUAGCACAUCAAGCAAAGUCAUCAAGGGUGCGUAUGCCCCACUGACAAGAGAAGGUACUGUGGUUGUUAAUGAUGUUGUAGCUUCUUGCUAUGCUGUUGUUAAUGAUCAUCAAUUUGCUCAUGCCACGUUUGGCCCAUUACGUUAUUUUUAUGAUACUUUCCACACUUCCCUCCAUAGCAAACAGAAGCAAGGGAUUGCUUGGUAUCCUUCAAUCCUCCAUGACUAUGCAGGUAUUGCUGAAAGAAUUCAAAAUGUUAGUCGAAGAUGUACUGAUAGGUGUGUAGCUCUCAACUGUCCUUUUAAAGAAUUUCCAGAGGCUAUCAAUAUUGACUGUAUGCAUAUUACUGAUUUACAACUACUAACUGACUAUCCUGAAGACCUGCCUACCAUUGCUACUGAUAACAGUAAAAGGUUAUUCUUUAAUUUCGGUUUUGAAGGAACACGUCGAACCAGUUCCGUAAAUGGACGUAAUCUUAAGCUACCAUCAGCAUCACUGGCACAGCUUGAGCCAAAUAAACUAACUGAUAUUGAAAAUAAUGAAUACUGCAUGGACCCAACAAAUAAUGAAGAUGCAAAUACGAAUAAGUGUGAUCGUAAUAAUGAAGUAGAAGUGAUAUCAUCCGAUUGCCACUGCACUCAUGUUGUUGAUGCAGAGGCUGAUAGUUCCAUCGAGCUAGUUCUAUCAGCAACUGGAUCAAAAGAACAACGAAAUAACUACGCGUUCGCUCAUCCAAUACAUCUUCAUGGUCAUUACUUUCAUGUCGUUGAAAUUGCAUUUGGUGAGUAUGACAAUAAUGGAACACUUAUAGCUGGUAAUGAUACAAUUGAUUGUGGGGAUAGUUACCUAUGUGUUAGACCUCGCUGGAAAACUAAUAAGGACUACUCUACACGUACAGGAAUGACAAGGGUCUCUUCUAAAGCCCCACUGAAGGAUACUCUGUUAAUACCAGCUGGUGGGUAUGCUGUUGUGUAUUUUAAAACUGAUAAUCCUGGUUGGUGGUUCCUACACUGUCAUAUUGAGGUGCAUCAAUUGGAGGGAAUGGGAGUCAUCAUUAAUGAAGGAGGGAUGAAAACAACACCUCCUGAUGGCAUGUAUAAAUGUGGAAAUUUUUCAUUGACAAUAGACGAAUUCAAAGGCAUAAUUUCGAAUGAUACAUCAGCACUAACACCAGUACCAACAUUAAUAAUACUCCUAUUAUUAGUCCUGUUAUCUCUCUAA